UUCAAAGGUCGUGACGUUUAAAACAAAACAAAGAGCACAUGCUUGCAUAAUUUUACACCACUUCCAUGUACAUGUUGAUACCAGGAAAGAUCGUUUGCAAGCUUAAGGACAAUAAACGGCCAGAGCUUGUCAGGACUACAGACAGUGUACAGACAUGUCCUUCUUCAGGAAUACUAUUUGGUUCAUAAAGGGCAUGAAAGAAUACACAAAGGGAGGCUAUGCCAGUGCCAGUAAAGACUUUAAGGCCUCCGAUCUUGAUGUUGAUGUAACAGGCAGAAGUUAUAUGAUCACAGGGGCCAACAGUGGCAUAGGGAAGUGUACCGCUGUGGCCAUUGCAAAAAAAGGAGGGACUGUGCACAUGGUUUGUCGUGAUCCAAAACGUGGGGCAGAAGCUCGGCAGGCAGUUGAGGAAGAGUCACAAAAUCAAAAUGUUCAGCUUCACAUAUUGGAUUUGUCGAAACCCAGAGAUGUUACCAGGUUUGCUACGAACUUCAUUUCAUCAGGAAAACCUCUGAAUGUCUUGAUCAACAAUGCUGGCUGCAUGGUCAACACAAGGACUGUUAACUCGGAGGAUGGACUGGAGAGGAAUUUCUCCACCAACACACUAGGUGUUCAUAUGUUGACCACUGCCCUGAUACCGUUACUAUCUAAACAAGAGAAAUCUAGGGUGAUAACCGUCACGUCGGGCGGUAUGCUGGUACAGAAGCUCAAUGGUACAGAUCUACAGUCUGAAAAGAUGAAUCCGUUUGAUGGAACAAUGGCAUACGCCCAGAACAAACGUCAACAGGUUGUUAUGACUGAACAGUAUGCUAAGAAAUACCCAAACAUCCAUUUCUCCAGCAUGCACCCAGGCUGGGCAGAUACUCCAGCGGUGAGAAACUCUAUGCCCGAUUUCUACGAGAAAAUGAAGACAAGGCUACGAACUCCAGAAGAGGGCGCUGAUACUUUGGUGUGGCUGUCGGUGUCGGAAUCUGUACCCACGCUUGCCAGUGGACUAUUCUUUCAAGAUAGAAAAUCAGUAUCCACUCACCUACCCCUUGCCUGGACCAAGUCGACAGCAGAAGAGGAGGCAGCUUUCAUGAAUACACUCAACACCAUCUCGCAGCAAUUCCUUGUUGACAGCCCAGACUCUUAACGUUUGUAGACAUCCCUGACUCCUGUUAACUGUACAUAACCAGGCUGUACUAACACUGAUAGACAGCCUGGCUCCUGUUAACUGUACAUAACCUGGCUGUACUAACACUGAUAGACAGCCUGGCUCCCGAGAGUUGCAGGCAGCCGCGAAUUCUUUGCUCAAUAUUUAAAGAUAAGUUGUUUAUACACACAUUUUGGUGAAUUCUUAUCAGUUGUUUUUAUCACCUGUAGAACAAUACCCAUUUGGGUCUAUGUACAUUUAACAUCGCUAAUCAGAGCACUUGUUUAGCGUGUAAUAUAUGUUACAAAUAGAACAGGCCAUAGAUGACUGUACACAGUAUUAUAGAAACAAAUAAAACAGUCUUAUUUAUUGUUGUGCUGGUCAAGUCAAUGUCAGCAUAGUUGAUCCCACUUUUGACAGAAAUUCACUCUAACAGAUAUUUUUAGAAACCUUAAUGUUUAACCGACUCACAUUUUAUAAAUACUACAUGCAUUAGAGUGUGAUAGUGCCCAAGUUCUCACAUCAAAUCACCAUGAAAAUCCCAAUGGCCCUCUGCAUUAGAAAUAAAGAUAGGUUAGACUUACUGCGUCAUUUCCACAUUUCCGAGUAUGCCUGUGUUUAUCUAGCAGAUGGCCUGUUACAGGUUUACCAAAUCAAGGAAGCGCUUGGAAAUCUCACUCAUUUUAGUGUUACACGUCAUAGCAAUCACCAGCGAAUAAUACACAGUAGCGGCAUGGAAUGCCUGUUGGCCUACAGGCGUGGUGAAUCGCAAUGGAAAAAAAUGGCCGCUGAAACAAACCUAAGGUGCAUCUACUUUGCGCGAUCACUAUUUUGCACCGUCACACCGCAUUGUCGCCUGUUGCUAGGGCGUUGGGAGCGCCCUUCCCCCUUCCAUUGAUUCAAUGUUAAACCGAAUGUGACAGUGUGAAAUGAACUUGUCUCGACCAAUCAGAUUACAGGAUUUUCACUAGAGGUAUAAUAGGUCAACUUAUUAACCAACCGUGGAAGUUUAUAAUAGCAAUAUGGUUUGGAAACAUAAAUCUACAAAAGAAAGUUCCCACUGAUGUUUUCUAUUAUAUGGUAUUGAAGUUACAUGAAAGUUAGGUAACGUUUACACCUGAAUUAGUCACUAUAACUUGAAAGGGACAUCCCAUUAAUGCCAAAUACAUUCCUCUGUGUUUCCUUACUGUAAAAGCUAGUCUAUUUUACCCAUUUAUAUGUAUACAUAUAUAUUUGCUAUUUAUUACUUUAGUGUAUUUUGAUUUAGCAAUGUGAUUGUUAAUUUGUUAAUUAGCCCCUGAUGGGCUUUUAAUAGAUAGGACAUUUAUCUAAUAACAAAUAUGACGGAUUAAUAGAAUCUCUCAACCCCUUGGGGAUGUGAUAGGGGAACCUCAACCCGAGGGGGGAGAUGCUUAUAAUUAAGUUGCCAAACACAAGGCUUUGCUGAGUGUUUUGCAAUUUAUGAAUCUUUCCCAGAGGGUUGAGAUUUCUCUGUCUUAACACCAAGGGGGUGAAUGAUUCUUUUUUUCUCUUACCCUGUUCACCCAUUUUGUAUCAUGUACAUAAUGUACUGUUAACGUCACUGGCUAAAUGCAGGGCUGAUGUGACGUUGAUUCAUUGUUGACGUGACGUCAUACAAUUGUUAUGAAUAGGGGAAUCCCCCCAUCUCAACCCUAGGGUGACACAAAUAUAUAUCUCACACUGGGAAAAGUUGUGGAUACACCUGUCCAGGGUAAGAGAAAAAUCUGUCUACUAUUUGCCUGAAAAGAUCAUAAAUCAAUUAUCUAUUUAUAAUUAAUUGACUAUUGGUUGUCAAUCGUCAAUCAUUUGUCCAAUUGAUCGUUGAUUCGAUCAUCAUUUGAUCCAUUUUUGGAGAUGAUCAAUCAUCGUAACUGACUUAAUUAAAACAAAUUGACACAAGUCAUGAAUUUAGAAUUUUAGUUCAGUAUUUAGUUCUGUAUAUUAAAUGCCCAUCAGAGUUGAUAAGUUUUCCAAAAGGAAAAUAUUAUAGACAAGUUCCAACAAAUAGGAAAUUUGAAACGAGACUGAAGCCAUUGAUUGGUACUGAUGCUGCAUGUUAUCUGGUUUAAAUCUUCAUGUUCCUUACAGCAUCAUCUAUGUAAGAGGCUUUUCGGCUUUAAAGAGGAAGAUAUAAUAGUACAGAUACGUAAAUAUGUCCAGAUAGCUUAGGUGACUACCUCAUUAAGUUAGACAUCAUUGUAUUGGAUAUUGUAUUUAAGUUUAACGGUCAAUUCAUAAUGUGAUGGUUAAUUUUGAAACAAGGUCAUUUUCUAAAUUACAGAUUUAAUUACAGACAGGUAUCAGCCUAGCGAUUGGUCAGGUUUUUUUAUUACCAGAGACCAAUCAAACAGCUAUCUUUGUGCC